UUCAGCUUCAUGUUGGGUAAAAUAUUUUAUUAUAUCUCCGUUUCUCCUCCUGCUCAAGUGUUUUUUGUGUUUCACCGCCUCUUUCUGACUUUUUAUCUGAUUUUAAACUGAGAGCGCCUCAGCAGACCCGCCCAUUCAUCGCUAUGGCAACGGUCACAUGAUUCCACUCCGAUGAAAAAACAACAACAAGCACAGUCACCGAACCAGACAUACAGGAAGAGAAGAGCCAGUGCCCUUCAAAAUAAAACCCGCAAUUACUGAUCAUAUAGUUUCUCAUUUCGCUUUGUUGAUCAACUAAAGACUACUAGACUGAAUGGUUUUGUAACUGUGGUUUUGUCAAUAAAUAAAAGCACAUGAAAGCAUUUUUGUAACUUUCUUUAAACUUUUUAUUUGUGACAUAAUACAACUUACUCGUGUGACAUAAACUUGUGUUUUUCCCUUCAAUUCUCCAUGUUUUUAAUCACCUUUAUGCAUUUGUGUUCUUGCUACAGUAGUGCUGAACUGUGUACAUUUUUUAUGUAUUGCAAAAAACAAAAACAAUUUAACCAAAAAGAAACAUUUAAAAGGAUGAAAAGGUCAAAAUAUUGUCAUAUUGUUAAACUGAUUGGUUUUGUCUUGUGAAUUUCAAGUGAAUUCUGUGAAACAUCUUUGUGUUUGGCCAAAUAUUUCUGUUAUUGUACUUUUUUUGGUUCACUUCUAGCUCUCCAUUUGAUAGAUUGUUCUCGUAUUUAUUGAGACAGACUCGCAUUCUGUAAAUACCUAAUGUUGUUUUUCAUGUUGUUGUGGUUUAUGACUUUUUUUUUGCUUUUGGUGAUAUGACUAGAAUAGAAUAGAAUAUUCCUUUACUGAUACCCCAUGUUUUUUGUUUGUUUGUUUGUUUGUUUGUUUGUUUUGCCACAGCAGCAUCACAGACAAAGAAAGUGCAAAAAUGCAGUUAUAAAAAUAAAUAUCGUAAUAUUAAGAACUUAAAUGUUACAAUUAAGAGGGAGAAGAAAAUUAAUUACAUAAAAUACAUAAAUUAAACUACAUAAUACAUUUUAUGUAGUGUUUAAAUGUUUGUCCAGGGCCACCAUCACUUCAAGAAUAUAUAAAGCCUAAUACAAACAAAUCAUCAAACCACCCUCACAUAAAUUAUGAAAUAGAAAUAACAAGCUGAGUCAAAAAAAGGAAAAGAUUCAGACAUCAAUGUUGAACAAAUCCCACAAACGCUUCCCGCUCUUAUUUUGAAGGCAGCUGCCUUUGUUUUCCGGUAUGUAGUGUAUUUUGGUUUUUUUUGUCUUGUCCGCUUACAUCACGCGUGCUGUGUCUGUUUAUUACCUGAACAUGUAACGUUGGGCGCAGUGAACAGCGUAGUCUGUACCGAACCUUCCCGACCCUCUCCGCCGCAGACAUGACGCUGUCUCUGGGAUGGAUGUCCGCCGCGUUCGUGGGGUUUUUCUCCGCUCACGUCCUGCAGAGACUCUGCUUCCCGUACUUCUGGAGAGACCUGCUGUUCCUGCUGAAGGUGAUGCGCUACGGAGUGAAGCUCGAGCUCUUCAAGCUCAAGUCCCGCGUGUGUACGGUCCUGGAUCGGUUCAUCCAGCAAGCGCAGAGGAUCCCUGACAAAUCGUUCAUCAUCUACGAGGGCGCCGCGCACACCUAUGGGGACAUCGACAGGCGCAGCAACAGGUUCGCGCACGUGUUCCUUGAGGAGGUGAAGGUAAAGAAAGGUGAAUGUGUCGCCCUCCUCAUGAGCAACGAACCCGACUUCCUGUGCGCCUGGUUCGGCUUGGCAAAGGUUGGCUGCUCGGUGGCUUUCCUCAACACUAACAUCAAGUCCAAAUCUCUUCUGCACUGCUUCAACUGCUGUGGAGCCAAGACCCUGAUCGUGGGCUCAGGUAAAGAGCUCACCUGUGCCUGAUGUCAUGUUUCAUCUCUGUGUAUCCUGCAGAACACCUGUGUGGCAGCAUCACCUUUUCUUUCCUGGUUGUUAUGGCUCUGACCCUGUAGGUCAAGGUUAGGGUUAGAGUUAAUCCUUGAAAAGCUUUAAAACUGACACAUACUCUGAGAAGGUUGAGAUGAAGGUAUACAGACUUAAUGUGACACCUGAUCAGCCCAUUAAUAGCACUUCAUAAAAAGGCUGCAACUGUUACUUUUGGUAUUGGUAAAUCCUCCGAUCAUUUGAACGAUUGAUCAUUUUGCCAUUUAAUUAACUAUACUUAAAUAAACUCUGGGGAAAACAAAGUGAGGUAUUCUUAAAAAAAAACUCACUUUAAUAAUUCUAAACUGCAAAUUCUGUUUGAUAUUUCCUCUUAAUAGUAUUUACUUUAAUUACCACAAAAGUACAUUUUGUAAGUUAUCAAGUAAAGACUCAAAGAUGAUUAAAAAAAAACCUCAUCUCUACUCUGCUGUUGGUUUUAUCGUAGUGUUUGAAACCAGGAGACCUGUUAAUCCGUUACAUCUCUGCAUGAUACACUUACUUUCCAGGAGCCACAGUUAAUUACCUAGACUUACACUAAGAUGCGUGGAUCCAUUUCAAUCCAUGUUGCUCAUCACAAUCCCAACAUCUAACUUAAAAAAUCAUAGGAUGACUGUGCCAGAGACAUGCCCAGGAGCGUGAUUCAGCAGGACAAAACAUGUGUUUUUGAACAAGACUUCCUUAAAAAGUCACAUUAUCAUGAUUUUAAAAUCUUAUAAAACAAUCCCCGAUGCUAGCAGUCAGCCCCACUUACUCUGAAACACAAAUAUGUUUUGUGAUUUCCUCUGACUAUCUCUUUAGUGCUGAGACUCGAGGACAGUCAUGUGCUGGAAAAGGUUGAGGAAAGGUGUAUGCAUGAAUGAUAAAGUUCUGAUAAAGACAAAUCCUAUUUCAUUUUUAGAAAACUAGAGAAGCCUUCAUUUUAGUUAUGAGGAAUCUAGACAAGUAGCCUUUCACCUAAAGUGGGGACACUGUUGCAUGAUCCAGGUUUCUGAUCAGCCUAUAGGCGGUAGAAAAAACAGACAAAAAAUUACCCAGACAAAUACAAAUACUGUAAUGAGCAUGUUAACAAAAAAUACUCCUUUUACUGAACUUUGUAAGAUGUGUGGGGUUUUUCAGACAACAGCUUGGAAAUUUUAAGGCUUAUCAGUCAGUUAUAGUAAAAGGACAGUGACCCUACUAACCACACACUGUUCAAAAUUCGUUUUGUGGUUUGGGCAAUAGUCCAGAUUAAGUGUUAAUGUAGGUUAAAACGGACUGAAGAGAAGACUGUCAAAUCAAAAUUUCACAUCCUCAUUUGAAAUUGUUGACACUGUUCUAAAGAUAGCUUCAGUUUCAGCAUUAGUUUUAUUUUUCAAUCAUCUCAUUAACUGUGUUUAAUGUUGAAUAAACUUAAAAUACUCCAAUACAGGAAAAAAAAAAUUAUAGAUCAUUGUCUGAAAAAUUAAAGCUUGACAUCCUUUUUUGGAAAUCUCUGCAUCCUCUGCUCAGAAAAGGAGAGUGACCACCCAGCUUGUUGUGAGUGUGCAGUUCAAUAGCAAUCAUCCCUAUUGUCUAUGAACACUGUUAAAGGGUUAAAACUGUAUCAUGCAAAGAGGAAACCAUAGUAACCAUAGAUUUGACGAUCUUUCUGGAAAUCAUGGAGGCCACAUCAUUUUUCUUAAUGAUUGGUCUACUCAUGAUUUUUCUGUUUUAUUUUGCGGUCUUGGUGAAGCACUCAGAAAUGUAUCUGAUGAAUCAAAAUUUAACAUUAUUUUGAAGAUCAUGGACUCUGCAUCCUCCCCUCUAAAGAGCAGAGGGACCAUACAGCCUGUUAUCAGCUCUGAAUUCAAAGCCAGCAUCCCUGAUGGUAUGCGGAGCAUCAGUGUCCGUGACAUGGGUAGGGUCCAUGUCUGUGAAGGCUUCAUUAAUGCUGAGCAAUAUCUGCAGAUUUAUAUUUAGAGGAAAUCACGUAUGAAAAUGAUCUAGAUAUGCCAGUGUCUUAUCUGGGCUGGAGAAGUUUUUGUUACUUUAACACCACUUAAAUUCGUCAAAACUUAUAGUACCCAGGGGCAUGCUUUGAGCACUCUGCUGGAUUAUCUUUGCGCGGCAUGUAUCUGUGUUUUUUCAUUUGAUCUCAAUAAGGAUGUAGAGGCCUUAAAUACUUGUGUGUAAGAUGUGAGUCACUUUAUUUACAGGGUUUUUUCUAAAGAGUUACCGAAGCCUGCAAAAACAUUUAAUAUAGUCGAAACAUAAAAAUUAUAUUGAUCAAAACACAGCAAAGUCUACUCACUUAAGAACCGCGUUAAAAGCUUCAGUGAAUGUAUGAGGCGAAGUCUCAGCCACUGGUUUAUGAAUGAAGUUUUUAUUUCUGUUCUUAUUCCCGAGCGAAACAUUGCAACUGAAAGCUGCAUCUAAUCACGGUUUUUCAGAUUAAUCUGUCAUGUUUUCAAAUGUGUUCCCAAAAUACACAAACAUAUUGACCAGUGUUCCCAAAAGUUUAGGAUGACGUCUUCAAAUGUUUGUUUUUGUUUGCCAAAAAAAAGAUGUUCAGUUUACUGUCACAAAGGAGGAAGGAAACCGGGAUUGAUAUUUUUUUACCUUUUUUUUGUAUUUUCUUGUUAUUUGGUGAUUAAUUGACAACAAAUUAAUCACUUGUUGUCUCUUCACUCCACAAAACACCACAAAUAUGAGAAUUUUUUAUAUGUAAAAUUGAAUGUGGUCCAUUUAAUAACCUUUUAUGACAUCUUAUAUGGUAAUGAUGCCAAAUGGGGAACUCAGUGUCCUGCCAGGACACUUGUUGAUUUCAGACUCAGGUUUUAUCUCUGUUUAGUUCUGUUGAACAACCUGGAAGAUUGCUCAAUCUGGAAAUCAAUUCUGAAAACUUUCAACAGCCCAAAAGCUGUGAACGCUCAGUGUUAUCGUGAUGGGAGUUAAUACACAUCUGUUCCUUUUUUUUACAGUAAAUACAGGGAAUAGUUGAUGAACUGUAUUUCCCUUCCUGCCCUGUGUGGGAGGGAGAUUCCUGGGUCUCCAGCUAAUAGGAUUCACCACGCUGCAGCCAUGUGACAGCUGAUCAUUGCUCAACAAACAGGCGUGAUGUUAGUCAGAGGACGCUGUCCUCACUGUAACUCGCCCGCAAAAGGAGACAGAUUCAUGGCCAGAGUGUGAGCCACACGUCAACUCCGUGUUCUGAUUCUGUUUGUGACAGUUUGGGUAAUCAGGCUGAUUGUAUACAGAAAAUGAUCCUACCCCUCUCUUGCUUUUUUCUGCUAUGUUGAGGACUCUUUGAAACUACAGAUUUAGACCAUAAACCAGAUCCUGUUUCCACCAGAUCAGGAGACCAGUUUCUGGAGUUUGAAAGUGAAAUGUUGUCCCAUUCUUACUUGAUGAAGGAUUUUAGCUGCUCAACAGUUCAGGGUCUCCUUCGUCAUGUUUUUUGUGUCAAUAUGCUCCAAAUGUUUUCAAUGGGUGACAGUCAGGACUGCAGGCAAGUCAGUUUAGCAGCAGGACUCUUCUACUUCAGAGCCAUGCUAUUGUAAUCCCUGCAGAAUGUGGUUUGUCAAUGUCUUGCUGAAAUAUGAAGGUCUUCCCUGAAAAAAAGUCUUUGUCUGGAUGGCAGCAGAUAUUGUUCAGCAUUAAUUAACGGACAUGGACGAUACCCAUGGCCACUUAAGAUUCUCAUAUCACCAGGGAUGCUGGCUUUAAACUGGGAGCUAAUAACAAGCUGGAUGGUCCCUGUACUGUAUAGAGCGGAGAAUGUAGUGGCCAUGAUUUGUUUGUUAAAUGUAGUUUGGUUAGACUACGGGACAGUUUUCUUCUUCCCCUCAGUCCAUCUUUAACUCAGAGGUCCAGAGAAGUCUCUGGUGUUUCUGGAUCAUGUUUCUAUCUGGUCUCCUCUUCGCAUCGUUCAGUUUUCACCUCAUUUGUGGAUGCAGUGAUGAACUGUAUUCACAGACAAUGGUUAUUGAAAGUGAUUUAGAGCCCAAGCAGUGAUUUUCACUACAGAGUCCUGUCUGUUUUUAUUGCAGAGCUGCCUGAGAGCUUGAAGAUCAGGACAAUCCAGUAUUGGUUUUGGUCCUUGUCUCCUUUGUACAGAGAUUCUCUGAAUCUCAAAGAGAGACUCUUCAAAACCUUUUAAUGGUAUUAUAUUUUGUAGAUGAUGACAUCCACUCACUCUUUCACAACUUGCACAACCAGUGAUGGCAGAGUGAGAUAUUGUAAGUGAAGUACUUCUACUAUGUAACCUGAUACCUUACCCAGGAGGUUAAUGGCAUCAUUUGGCAGCUCCAUUCUUAAAAUAUCCACUUCCACUCAAUGCAGAGAAAUACUGAAACACGAGUGCAAGCCACUCAGUGCUUAAUAAAAACAAGUUUUAUGGCAUUAUGAAAUAUCAUAUAUCAUAAUUUAUGAUUAGUGUCCUCCAUGCUCUAGUAUCUGUGCACAUAUUUGUUUACACACUCUUACAGCUGAAACCUGAUCUGGAAUCAGGGAUUGUCCAAAUAAAAUCUUUUCUGUUUGUCCCCCUCACUCUUUCAGACUUAUUGGACACUCUGGACGGCAUCCUGAACACCCUGCUGGAUGAUAACAUCCAGGUGUGGGCUGUGAGGAGCCACAGUGAGCACACACAGGUGAACACACUGCUGGAUAAGGUCCUCACUGCCUCAGAUGAACCUGUACCUGCAGAGCUGCGAGUCACCACCUCCCUCAAAUCACCCACCCUCUACAUCUUCACCUCUGGGACCACAGGUCAGUCAUAGUCUGUCAUCUGGACCCUGCUGUGACAUUCUUUAAUCUGAGAAGUUUAUUUCAGUAUUUUUCAUAGUCUGAGUUACAUGCAACUAGAAAGAGUUUAAACCACAGUAGAUGGUGAACAGCUCGGCUCCUUCAAUGAGAAACUGCAUGUUCAAGAAAUCUUACUAGCAGUUUCCUUUGCAUAAAUCCACGAAUGGUAGAUUAAUUUACCAAAAAUCAUCAUAAAGGAUUAGAAAGAAAGUUGCCAGAUUGAGGUUUCUCUUUUCCCAUCAGGUCAGUGAUUUUUGAACUUUAUUUUUAACCAGAAAGUGUCUGAAUGCUGAUUUUAUCUGUGUUUAAAAGGUUGGCUAAGGGGUGUCGAACAUGAGUUUUAUCUUAAGAUAUGACCUGAUAUCUCCUAUGUUCUGUCUUUGUGGCCUCUUAUUGAUAUAAGAGCUGUAAUAUUACUGCAGUUUGUCAGAUUAUUGAGGUUAAUAUGACUCACAGCCUCAAACCCAAUAAUGAUUUUUCCCUCUCUGAGCAUUACGUCACAAGAAGAUGACUGUUAUGGGAAUAUGAUCGUAUGAAUUCCUUUGGAUUUUCUGUUACGAAAUUAAACAGUGGCCUCUGUCUGACAUAUUUUCAUGUCUAAAGGAGUGGAUCUGGACCGUCUCUGAAAUACUCUGAAUUUCUCUGCGUGAUGGAAAAAAACCUUCUGGAUGUCACAGAAACACUCAGAGUUUAUCGCUGUAACGCUGUCGGUCUCACAGAGCGAGUAGAUUUUACAGUGAGGCAUUAGAUCAAACUGUUCUAUUUUAGAGCUGAUUAUGUAGAGUUCAGACAGAGUUCACCAAAAUUAAAUCUCUGCACAUUUGGUGAGUUUUAGCAGUGUCAAGUUUGCAAGAUGGCUCCCGCAGUUUCACGGUUGGUCCAGAAUUUGCAGCAAGGUCAGGCUGAUUUUCCUACAGGCGUGCCCAUCCAACACUGUGUCUUUAAGCGUGCAUGCUGUUUAUACAUGUCAGAAAAAGGUCCAAAGGUGAUUUUAUUUAUUGUCUCUUUUAUUCUGGUUUGAUGCAACAUUAAGACCUCUGUUUAUUGCACUUGUUUGUUUAUUCAUCCAGCGGUAAGUAAGAGAUUAAAAGCCACAGACCCUCAGGCUUUUGAAAUCAGUUUCACUCCCAUGAAUCGCCAUUUAAUCCUCAUGUUUGAUAACAAUCUGAGCAGCAUGUGGUGGAAGUCAUCCUCAGAUUCUUGUUUUCAUCAAAGUGACCAAUACCACACUGUAAAACACAAUCUUGUUUUAUAAUUGUACAUCUAUAAAGACAAGAUCUAGAGGUCGUUAGGUUUGGAUUAUUUAUGGUUAGUUACAAGACAUAAAAAAUGCUUUCCAAAUGAUCUAAAGCUCACAACGCUGUUCAAUAACACUGAAAUAGAUUGAACUCAGAGAUGUGACUCAUGGUAGAUUAUAAAUAAAUGUGUUUCAUGUCUGCUGUAAAUCACUGAUGGCACUUAAAAUGCAUUUUUACCUCCUUGUCUGUCUCUGAAGUGCUUUAAACAUAGAGACGAUCAUAUUUUCCCGUCAGCAGUGCUUGUCUAUCCGCAGCAGUUUACUUUUACUGUGUUCAUCAAUAUUGACUAAAUGAAAAGUUGUGUUUAAAGCUUGUUCCUCUGCUCUGAAACAGCCCAGAGUCUGUUUAUGCAGAUGAAACUGCACAGAAAAACCUCUUAGUGAUUUGACAAGACACAAGAAAAAGCAGAGUUUGAUUAUUUUACUUUUAUUUUACUGUAAUAACUCUAAAAAUAAUUUUUUGCUGAUUUGUAGAAAGAAAUCCCUCCUUCACCUCACUGACUGACCCAUUAGUGAGUCAUAGUUGUGUGUGUGUUUUGUGGUUGUGUUGGUAACAGGGUAAACAGAGAUGAUCGUUUUCUUCUCCAAGGACUCGUUCGGUUCCUCCAGAGGAAACUUGGAUCUAUUCUUUGUCUCCCUCUCUGUGAUUCUGCAGAGUGUGGAGGUCUGUGACUCUGUUUUUUUUUUGCAGUCAGACAGUUUUACAGGAACACGUUUUGGUUUUUUUUGGAUCUUAGAAAAGUAUUUAAAUAUUGAAAGGUGAAAAAUGAUCAGCUCUGCAUUUUAAACACAUAUUAGUCAGGUCUAAGUCAGCGGAAAUCUCCAGGUUUUAUCCUCCAUCCGCUUGGCUUGGAAACCUUUGUUCCCUUUCCUUUCAAAAUAAAACAAAUACACAGAUGAGGAAAAUUGGUCUCGUGGUAAAGCAAACUUGAAGUUGUGAUAGAAACAAAGAAGAUGAAAUUCAAUUAAAAAUCAGAAAAGGACACAAAGUGUAGAAAAAUAAUGCUUUUAUUUUGAUAUUGUGUCUGAAAAGCUAUUUAAUAAAAGGUGUAACUUGUACUAUUCUUUAUUUGAGCUGAAGGAAAAAUUAUGCUGGAAAAAAGCCAUCAGAACUCACAUUAGCUGCAGAUAAUCUAUGCUUAUCUUUUUCAAGGGAGGUAGGUUUAAGAGGUAGGUAGGUUAUGGAGAAAACUAGUACAUCGAACAAGUCUGAAAUGUUAAAAUGAAGGAAAGUUUAUCGCAUUUAUCGUAAUCGUGAACAAUAAUUUAUCGCCUGUCCCUUCUUGGCCGCAGGUUCAGCACCUGAACCAGCCGUAACAUCAUGGUCUCUCUAACUUAGUUGAGUUACGUGCAAGACUUGUAUACAUUUGCAGAAAACUAAGUGAGCUGACCGGCAUCCAAAGUGGUUGAAACAUUUAGCAGUGACAUGUAACUCAUAGAGCCUCACUUAAAUAAAAACAGUGACUUCUCCGUUGAAUAUUGAGAGCUGAAAUGUUUGUAAAAAAUCUGUUAGAGACAAGAGUUGAAAAGGAGCACGAGGAAGAAACUCCUUAUGUAACACAUCAGCUUCAAGGUCUCUGUUGGAACAAUGUGAAAUUGUAUAAAAUGGAUGAGACUGAAAUUUUGGAUUAUUUGAUCCAACACAAACUAUUUUUUUUUUUGUCUUUUUGAACCCAUUUCUUGUGAAUGAGCCUUUGUUUUGCAUGUUUGGAUUAAUUUGUGAAACUGAUGCUGAUCUCUUCAGGGCUAAAAAACGGUGAAUUUUAAAGGUUCUGAGCCCUGUGGGACUUCAUUGUGAAAUCGAAUUGGUCACAGGCCUUCAUCCCACCGUCAUAAGAUUUCAUUCAUGUAUUUGGAAAUAAGUGAAGUUUAGUGUCUUACAAAUUUGUGUGGACCGGUCAUGACAUCAGCUUUUACAAACAGACACUGAGAGCUUGUUAGUGUUGAAAGUUUCCCAUCGAUGUGAACAGAAACACUUUGAUUUCCUCUGAUUCUGAUGCCAUUUCCAUCAAAAGACCAUGAAGCCCGUGAACAGAAAAGACGUGUUAAAACCGAGGGCAGGGAGGAUGAAAAGGGCAUCGGGGCAUCAUCAGGUCUUACUUUGUUUCAUAACACUGGAAAGAAGAGGACUUCUAAGACUUAAUGUCAGAGUCUGAAAACUGUGUACCCUCAAAUGUUUGAGAUUUGACUCAGUUUACAUUACUUUGCACCUUUGUCCAUGUCGAAUUGUGGUUCUGGAGGUGCAGUACUGCAGACAAAAAGGUCCAAGUUUCAGUUUUUUGUCGGUCAUGUAAUGCAGUAUCUUGUGUUUCCUCAGGUCUUCCUAAAGCUGCAGUGAUCACUCACCUGCAGAGCCUGAAGGCAGCAGCAGGUUUUUGGGCAUUCGGUGUCACUGAAGACGAUGUGAUGUACGUCCCUCUGCCUCUUUACCACAGCGCCGCCUCUCUGAUCGGGAUCGGUGGAACGAUAGAGCUCGGUAAGUUAAAGUGUUCUGUUUUUAGUCCAUUCGUUUACAUUUCUUCAUUCGCUUGCGUCUUAAAAAUCAGCUGUUAGCGGCUCCAGCACCAGGUGUGGAGGUUGUCUUUGGGAAGAUGACUCACUGUCAUCAUCAGUAAUGGACAUAUUGAAGCAGAGGCAUUGCUUUUCUCUCAGGUUCAUGCUGUAUAAACAUGAAUGACUGACAGGUGCACAUCUCUUAGAGAUCUGACAGCCUGUGGUGAUGCAGAUAACAGAGCAGCUUUCUCAGUCACCUACAUCAGAUCUACAUUGAACUUUAUGAACUUUAUGACUCAAAUAAAGAACUAAGUGUGAGGAAAUUCUAACGUGGGAUCAUUAAUGAUAAAAAGUGUUGAAAAAGUGCCAGAACUCAGGUCUGUUGCUCAUCACUAUUGUGGAGUAGUAGCGUGUUAUCAGUGUUUGUGGCUGCAGAGUUGCUAAAAUCACAGCCAUAGUCACCUGACGCUGAAAGAAGCCGGUGUUAAGGUGUUGGUGGAUGAGGAUUGAGGUGCAUAGCUUGUGAGUCUAUCAGGAUUUACUCUGACUCCAACAGGAUCGACAAGUUCUGCAGCUUUGUCAAAGUUUUUUUAUCUUAAAAAAAAAGGAAUGAAGUAUGUUCAUGACGUCGCAGCUGAACAAACGAUCUGCAGGGAGUGGUCGGAGACACAGAAACCUGCUAGUUUGAGGAGUGGAUGGGCAGCAGGUGGGCAGGUUAGACAGGUGUGUGUUAUGAAGGAGGGGCUGCCAUGCUCACACUACAGAUACAGAGAUAUGAGGAGGGCGGAGAGAGGCAGUGGAGGAAAAAAAGAAGAAAACAAAAGAGAGACAAAAGAUAACUUUCACUUACAAAAACCAACAUUUUUUGUCCAGGGGAACAAAAACAGACGUCGUCAGAGAGCACAUGUGGUUUGUUUUCAUAGAAGGCGGGUCACAACUACGAUAAGAAAAUCAGUGAGUGACACCAUGUCUCUGCAGCAUUCAUGCAAAACUUCAGCAGUGCCAGAGCAUCCAUCAUAUAUCAUAACAAACAAGUAUCCCUUCAGUGAUUUUAUGUGAACACAUUUGGCAUGGUUUGAUUUGUGAUUCUAAGAUUUUAUGUGCUGCUUUUAUGGCGAUUUGACUGACCACAGAGAUUUUAUUUGGUAUGAAGAUAUGAAGGCUGUCGGCUGUGUAAGAGCUGCUUAACUUGUGUCGCUUGACCUCCACUCUUUUCUCAUUGUCACAAUAAAAUUGACCAAGUGAGGCGAGAGUGUGAAGCAGCUGAUCUUUUGGACUGUCUUUUAAAUAAAGUCAGCCCCCUGGUAGAUGGUAUAUCAUGCAUCCUAACACAUAACAGGUCCAUAAAGCAAUCAUUCAUCUGAAGGGGCGACUGUGCAGCCUUUAUGUCUUGUGAAACAACCAUCUUGUAAACCCACCGUCAUAAAUCACAUCGUUUCCCGGGUUGAGUUUACCGUCACACCUGUGAUAUAAAAGCAUGGAUGAGGCCAGACUGUUGCAUCAUUAAGUUCAUUGUUUGAGACUGGGAAGUGACUCUCUUGAUGAACUGGUUUUCAAUCAGUCCACAGAGUCCAGUCUGUGUGUGUUUCUGCCAAUCCCUUUGAGCUGUGGACGUCGUUUCACUCCAGCUAACAGCUUAAUUAGAGGCUUCAGAGCAGAAAGUAAAAGCUGGACACUAUUAUGGAGAAUAUUUUGAUGCCAAGUCAUUGUCGCUUCCCUGUUUUUUGAUAAAGUCAAACUGUUUGAGUUUUUUUCAGGAAGCAGGAGGGUUUCAUGAUGUUAAAAUUUAGCCCACCUAUCGGCCCAUCUUCUGUUCCAACUACCACUAAAGUUCACAGUUCAACGUCCUGAAGAUAAUCUGACAGGCUGAGAUAAAAAAUUGAGGUUUGUGUCCUCACAGUUUGAGAUGUUGAAAUAUUUCAAACUUUGUACACAAACCAAGCCUUUAGACUGAACAUGGGGGCUGCCAGUUACGUCAUAAUCAGACCUUGUUUUCCCCUGCAAACCUUCAUCAAACAGUACAAGCUGUGUCAGACUUCAGACUGUCGAUUACGUCAUUAUACCAGCGUUAGGACACUGUGUGAAAUGUUGAGUGAAAACAAGAAAGUUUGUGAUGUUUUGCCAAUCAAUUAAAGACUUUAUUGAUUGGAAAAAUAUAAAUUCAAAAUUGAUUAUUUAACUUUAUUAUUAUUCAAAUUCAGUAACUCAAGAUUGAAUCAUUGAAUUUGAAUUAUUCAAUAACUCAAACUGAACACAAAUUAUCUGAUGAUUUUAAUUUGAUGCAGAAACACAUUUCUAAAAAGUUAUGUAAUGUUAAAAAAAAAAAAAAACAUCUCCAACUAAUAAGAGUUAAUUUCCAACAGGUUAGUAACAUGACUGGGUGUAAAAAGGGGGAAAGAUGGGAAGAGGUUCACGUAAAAGUUUUGGUUUGAUGAAGACUCGGGUCUGAGAUGUCCAGACCUGCUUUCACUCUUAAAUCGUGGUUCACACUCACCACACUGUGUGCGCUGUAUACAGGCAAAUUUAGUAAAACCUGACUUAUCUCAUAUUUGACCUCAACUCCAAGACCAAUAUUUGUGAGGUAUGUUUGGUGCCAAAGUCUGAGAUAGUAAAAAUGGACUUGUUUGAAUGUAAAGUACAAAUACUACAAAUACAUCUUACAGCCUAGUUUAAAAAACAUCCUUUUGCAGUGCUUUAAACCGAAAAUUAGAUCGCUAGAGUAAAAUGAUGUUGAUUUAUAGAAAAGAUUUUGUUUGAAUUGUGGCCACAGAAAACAUCAGCAGACUGGUUUCCUCUCUGUCACUCAUGGAUCAGUUUAGUGGGUGAGAGGAUACUUCGCAUAUUUCUGACAGAAGUCGGUCUGAAGCAGCGUGUUCAGUUUGAGUUAUCGGUGCUUGAGCUGUGAGAACAGGGACUUCUUUGGUCCUCUGUUUGUAGAACAAGAGAAGUCAUUCAGGGUCAGUGACAGAGUUUUACUCCUGAGGGUUUCCUCAGUUGGGGCUGAAGUCUUCUGCACUGCACAUCCAGGGAGCUGCUUUUUAUGAAUUUACAGAUUUGGGCAAAUAAAAGACACAGAAGCAGAAAACAGGAAAGCAGAAAAUAAAUAACAGAAGACCUGUGAGGGCGCUGAAUGAUGGAGCUUUAUUAUUUACAGACACUGAAUUCAUCUGAGCGUACUGUGUCUGAUCACCAUCCGUGUGACAAAACAUAACUAUAUGACUAAACCUGCUCAACCUGAGGGAGCAAUAAUUGAUGUCGAGCAGAAAGCCUGGCUAGAUCAGCUUUGCUGUCAGUUUGUAAAAUUAGCUGACUCAACCUGCGAUCAGGCUCAGAAAACAUGAGCAUGUUUUACCUACGAAGCUCUGCUGGUCUUGAGCCUUUAGAUUUUUAAGAGACGCUGAAUAUAGACAAAGAUCUUCUAUAUUUAUUUCUUUUUAGAAAUGUGUGCAGAUGUUAUUUAAAUUCUGAGUUUAUUUAUUUUCACUUGAAAUUGAUCUUAAACACCCAAAAUACUCCAAGCUGCUGUUAUUAUGGCUUUCUGACUGAGUAAGAUGCAUCAACAAAACUUCUUCUCUUCAACACCCAACUGUCCUCCUGCAUGAUGAUUCCCAUUACUGCAGCAGGAUGGAUUUUGCACCAAAUACACAUUUCUGUAUGGGACAACGAGAGAGGAGCUGACAUAAUGAUGUUUUUGUUUUUGUCUUUCAGGUGCGACCUGCAUCUUGAAGAAGAAGUUCUCAGCAUCACAAUUCUGGAGCGACUGUAGAAAACAUAACGUGACUGUUUUCCAGUAUAUUGGGGAACUCUGCCGAUACCUCUGCAACCAGCCGCAGGUAACCUGCUGUUUGAAACGAUCAGCUGUGUGUGUGUGUGUGUGUGUGAAGACGGGGUGAAUGAUGGAGAGAGUUAAAGCAGAGAGGAGGGGAAAGCUUCUUUACAGUGUCAGAGUGUUUCUCUGUGUACAGUCCUGCUGCUUUUGCAUAAUUAGAGAAAGGCUGUGACAGAAAGACAAGCGGAGUCUUUGUUUUUUGUGUCUUCAUGCACACACACACACACACACACACACACACACACACAUAGUGAGGGCACAGCUCGUCCUCCUCAGACUGAAAGUCCUCUUUGUCCCUCCGUCUCUGUUAUUCUGCUGCGUGGGCGGGUGAGGGUGGACGUCCUGGACUGUCCUCUGCUCUGAUUGGUUAAUCGAAGAUGUGGACAUGUACGACACAUUUUCACUGUGUGCACAAAAGCAUGAGGGUUCAUUACUGCCCAUGUUGGACGUGCAAAACGACAGACACUAAAAACUCAUUAUAGAGUUACCGCCAAGCAUCACAGAGCAAACAAACACGGACAGAAGACAGACGCUUAACAGGAGUAAACAAAGUUUUUUUAAAGUCAUUUUCACCUGUAAAAGAGGAGGGAUGCAGGUGGCAGGGGCAGAUUAAGGGUUUAUCUAGGGGUGCCCCGGCCCCAGGGGUACAUCCUACUCUUGAAAUUGAUUAUACACCCCAAAAUCCUAAACUAUGAUUGGUGAUUUGCCUCUCAUCGAUGGGACGUUUGUUAUAAUCAACUAUCUUGGCUGCUGUUUGUGACAUCAAGCAUUGUGUGUAGCUUUCUUUGUAUCACUUCCUUUGAGUUUGUUGAGAUAUGUUGCUACUGUGUUGUGUGACUCUUUAGCAGAUAUAAAUUCUGAACGUUGUGUUUGUAGAGGUAACCAAAUAUCAGUUUGACAUGAGGUGAAAUAAAUCGUCAUAUUUUUCCAAUUAAAGCAGCCCUCCAUUUUAUGACUACCCACUUUAAUUUUGUUGUUAUUCAUGGACACUCUGAGUGACCUGACCCGAACUCGCACAAAGUGACCUAAAAUCAUCGCUGACCUAAAAACAGCGUCAGAUCUCGUGUCUCUUCAGAUCAAACAUUUAAACUUUCUGACUGUCCUUUCCCUGUUUUCAUUUAGUUCAUUCACUUAGGAUCUACAAGAGAUAGCUUCUCCUUCAAAAUAAAAGCAUUGUGAUAUUUUUGAAGUUUUGAAAUUGCACAUAAACUUCGAGAAAAGGAUAAGGCCCACUAAAACAACAAAGUAUGUAACUUGAUUUUUUCCUAUAAAGUGAUGGAGCAGUUUAGUCAUAUAUGUCUCGAUAAGUGGUUUGUUCAAGUUGAAAUUGAGGAAACUUAUUUUGAAAAAGUGCUAUGAAGCAGUCAAAUGUCACAAAGUGUUUUGAUAAACUUAAGCUUGUCAUUUUUGCUGCGAAUCUUUCUUUUCAAAAGUACUCAGCGUUGUACAGGACACAGUUAUCUAGUGGUAAAUGUAACAGAAACAGAUGGAGGUGAGAUUCAAGGUUUUCUAUCAGCAUAACUGAGAUGACUGGAAGUAAAUGUUCAGUCUUCUUGGUACUUUUUGUGUCCCCAAUUUCACUUUGACCGCAUUUAAUAGAUGUGGAAUUUAUAUCCAUGAAAACCAGUAAACAUCUUUUUAAAAGAAGAGUUUUAUUUUGAUAAAAGGACAUCAAAGUGUAGAUAAGAGUUGUGUGUGGUUUUUAGUUAUGAUGAAAUAUACUUUUAGAAAUGUCAGGGGACCUCAUUUGAAUUUCCUGGGACCAGAAGGUCGGGAACGCCCUUCAUAACACAUCGUUUUAUUGAAAGCGUUCAAAGUUAAUAAAUUGUUACCUAGCAUAUCUUUUGACCUCCUUACAUCCUCUAUCUCCACAGACAGAUCAGGAUAAAGAUCACAAGGUGGUGAUGGGCGUGGGGAACGGGCUGCGGCCGGACGUCUGGAGGGAGUUUCAGAGUCGGUUUGGGAACAUAAAGAUGUGCGAGGUGUACGGAUCCACAGAGGGGAACCUGUGCUUCAUGAACCACAUCGGAAGAAUCGGGACGGUGGGACGCUCCAACUUCAUCUACAGGGUGAGACACGAGAGUUUGAUUUAUCUGCUCAAACACACACCGAAUAAACUUUCUAUGAAGACAAAAUCAAACAUUUUACAUGAGUGAGUGAGUGAGUGAGUGAGUGAGUGAGUGAGUGAGUGAGUGAGUGAGUGAGUGAGUGAGUGAGUGAGUUUAUGAACAUAAUGGAGCAGCAUUCAGAUUUUUGUGUCACACUUUCCUAGAAAUACUAGCAGGGAGGAAACCCUGAAGUCUUUCCUGGUAAACAUGUGAGUGAGAGUGUUUGAGCGCUCUGUGUGAUAGACAGAGGCUGUGUAUAUACGAUUCACUCUGCCUACAUGUGAGAACAUCUCAGUAACGUCUUGUUUACAAACCAAGUUAUUUAAGGUCACGGCAGCUGUGAUCCUUCUCAGCUGUCCCCUCUGCUCAGGGGUCAACACACAGAUAUAUAAAUAUUAAACAGAGUGAGAGCUGAAGAAGAGGCUGAAUUAACCUCAACAAAAAAGAGGAGAAAAAGGAACGAAGAACAUGCAAAUUUAAGGAAAGCAGGCUUUAAGAUGAAAAACAGGGGAGGUGGACGCUUGGCAUGGAAAACACUGAGGCCACUUGAGAAAUUACAGAAACGCUUUUAAUCUUAAGGGGGGGAUUUGUUUUAAUUAUGACGGAUCUGUGUCAGUUUCACUUUGUUCUGUCGUGCAAAAAUUCUGAUUUUCCUCUUUCAGGUUCUGAAAAAUUCUUAAAGAAUCUCAGAUUUGAUUUGAUCAAGUGUGCAGUUUAAUUUUUUUUAUUUUUUGUCAUUGUAAUUUUUCAAAUCUUAAACCUCUCAUUUUUAAUUUUUUGAUUUUUUUCAUGUAGGUUAUUUUCAUUUCAUUUUACUUUCUAUUUGACUUUUUAAUAUAUUUAAUUCUUACUUUCUUUCACUUAAUCUUAAAGCUAUUAUGAGGAGUUUUUUUGACAAAAUAUGAAACAGACUGGAAUUUUUAUUGAUGCCUUUUUUAUGACAUCCAAAUUCAAACCAGACCGGUGGGGAAAAUAUUGACAGAUUUAAACUGCAGUAAUGUUAUUAAUACUUUAAACCACUGAGACGGGGGUCAGACUUCUAAAGAAAAAACCCUAUUUUCACAAUGUUCCCCAAAAAAAGCGAUUUAACUGUCAACAGUCUGCAGGAAGAGACUUUUGGUCCGAAAACUUCACUCAGAUAGAUAGAGGACCCCUAAGAAGAGAGUGCUUCAUCCACCGCUGGCUCCAAGAGUGAAAAAAUGUCAAAAAUUACUCACAGGACCUUUAAAUUUAUUUGGGCUUUUUCUAGUUUAGCGUUACUUCUAUCCAGUCUUAAUCUUCUCUGUCCUCUUCCUCAUAUCCACUCCUGUGGUGGGUUUAAAAGGGUUUGAAAACAGAAAAAAAGAAAGAAGCAUUUUAGCAUUAAUUUAAAAAAAUCAGUGAAGAAACACGACACCAUCAGAUAUUUCCAAAUGUCUACUUUUAUCAUGUUAUUUUGAAACAUGUGAAGGUAUACCAGCUGUAUGUUUUCUUAAGGGUGUGUAACAUAACUCACUCCGUGAGUCACAUCCUGCAGGGGCCUGGUGAUCCUUGUAACCUGGUGGGGGAGGGUGGGGGAUGAUGGGGGAGGGGGUACCGCGUAAUCCAGUAACCUCAAUCAGAGGGUCUCUGACAGGUCAGCAUCAGACUAUGUGCUUACUUAACGUGGCAUACACACAGUGACAUGAACACCUGUUACACGCACUUCUAUAAAUACCUGAAACACCGACUGAAUCAUCACUGACAAUUAACACAGAAUAAAACACAGAAAACUGAGAGUUUUAUUCAGCACAGAAAGAGUGAGUGAAGCUUUUAUUUUCAAAAGUAAUCUAUAAAUGUUGUCCAGUUAUUAUAAUCACUAUUAAAAUUAAGCAGUAAAUCUUCAUUUUUGAUGAACAGUAAAGAUCUAAACAACAGCACCCUUCUGACAAACAACUUUGAAUAACUUCUGCAUAAACAAUAAAGUUGAAGAAAUACUUCUAUAAAAAAAAAGAUCCAUCUAAAGACACAACCUCAGUUUGAAAACUUAUGGGAUAUUUUUUGGUGUCAUGAUGCUCCAAAUGUUUUGAAUAGGUGACGAGUCAGGACUGCAGGCAGGACUCUUCUACUACAGAGCCAUAGUGUUGUUAUCCCUGCAGAAUGUGGUUUAUCAAUGAUUUGCUGAAAUAUGAAGGUCUUCCCUGAAAAAUUCUUAGUCUGGAUGGCAGCAGAUGUUGCUUCAGCAUUAAUGGAGCAGGAUAACUUUCUUCAUUUUUAUCACUUUAUAUUUUAUCCUUAUUUUAUUUAACAUUUUGCACAGCUUUCCAGCUUUCAUUUCCAAUAAUCCCAGUGUAUAUUAAAGUGUCAUUUUGAGAAGUUUGCUAUUUAUUUUGAUUGAAAAACAACCAGAACGACUGUUUAUUCUCUGAAAUUGAUUUGUCAUGACACGGACCUGAUGAGUCGACUGAAUCCAGCAGAGCGCCUCUGUGUAGACUGCCAAACCUGAGUGUAUCGCUGAAGAGAUUAAGUCUGUGAGUCGGUUAGUGGGAUGGCUGAGGAGCGUCUUCAGAGGGUUUAGCUUCAGUAAAGCUCGUAUUUAGAGCUGCUGUUAAUCAGAGGAGUUACACAAACACACGCUCCAUAUAUUUAGCCCUAAUCUCUGACUCGGACUAUUCUUAGACCAUCUUUCUGCUGAGACACAAAGAGUUACCAAAGUGAAGUUAUAAAACAUCAGUGUUGUAGGACACUUAUCCUGACUUGGCGCAGAGGAGAGUCGGUUCUGUAACGUGCAGUAAGGAUUUAUUUUUAGACUUUUGGGUCAGAGAUUUUAUGUUAAACCUCUUUUAGACCGACUGGAUGCUGUUUUUAAAUCAGACAAAGAGGCACAGGUGAAGAUGGCUGCUAAUCAGGGCUGACCUAAUGUUAUAACGUGACUGAGUGUGAUAACAGUGUGCCACACCUGUUGGAUGGUCUGUCAACAAAGUGCACAGGCUGUUUAGUCUGAUAUUAACAUAAUAAAUCUCCACAAACGUGACCCAGAGGGUGAAUUUCAGGGACUGAAUUAGCUGAAGAGACACCGAGCAGAUAGCUGGCAGCUCCAACUUGUCAAUCAAAGAGGCCACGCCCUGAAUUAUGAAUCACGUAGAAGAAGCUCUAGGGGGACUAAUUGCAGAUGACGGCCUCUGGUGGACUUUGGAGAACUGCAGAUUUGGGGACUGAGGUAUGGUGUCCCUGAAGGUCAACUGCUUAAACAUUAUAUAAUGCAAGAAUUUUGUUGCAUCUAAUGGUUUGUCUUUUCUCUAAUGUUUGUGCAGUUGACCUUUAGAGCCACCAUACUGAAGUGGUGAUUUCAGACAACUAGUUAAACUGAACUCUUUGAUGGGAAGAGCUUAAAAAAAAAACAUUACAUAUUUUAUUUUAUCGUUAUGAGUUUCCUGAGGACUUUAUACUAAAUUUAAUCUAAGCCUGUUAAAACUUCAACAACUUCCUUUUUACUUUUUUAUGAAUUUUCCAGUCUCGAUUUUUGAUUCUUGCACCUGUUGUGUAACUACUUGACUUGAUUUUUCCUCAGUUGCUGUUUAAAUAUGACCUGGUGAAGUAUGACAUGAUGAAGGAUGAACCAGUGAAAAAUCAGCAUGGAUUCUGUCAGCGAGUGAAAAAAGGUGAGAGCGGCUCAAUCCUCUGCUUUAGCCAUUCUUAAAGAGUUAUUUUUGAUCCCUUGUUUCUUUCGCCUUCCAGGGGAAACGGGGCUGCUGCUGUCGAAGGUGAGCGCCAUCAGCCCAUUUUUCGGUUACGCGGGCAGCAAACAGCUGACAGAGAAGAAGCUGCUGAGGAACGUGUUUAUGAAAGGAGACGCUUAUUUUAACACCGGAGACCUGAUGUCUGAAGACCAGGAGGGUUUUAUCUGCUUCAGAGACAGAGUGGGAGACACCUUCAGGUAAAGGUCGAUCGAGUAGAGAGCUCACAUCCAGAGGGGGAUAUUCUCCUGGUUAUAAUAAAAGUAAAAAGACUUUUUAAAAAUACACCUAAAAAGGAUAAAAGCAGCUUCCAAUACAGCCUCUGUCUUUAAAAGCUAAACAGAAACUGUGUUUGUCAAAUAAAACUUAUGAGUUUUUUUUUCAGGUGGAAAGGUGAAAAUGUAGCAACGACAGAAGUAACAGAGAUCCUGGGUCAGGUGGAUUUUAUACAGGAAGUUAAUGUGUACGGGGUGGAAAUACCAGGUGAGCGUUUAUUUACCACUACUGGUUUAUGUCAGCUUUAAAAACGUACUCUUUAAAAAUUGACCUCUCUGAUUUGCCUUAUUUUGUUCAUCAGGACACGAGGGCAGAGCAGGAAUGGCAGCCACGAUCAUCAGACCAACCUUCACAUUUGAUGGAAAGAAACUGUUUGAUCACGUGACCAGAGAGCUGCCAGCGUACGCCCGCCCGCUCUUCAUCAGGAUUCAGGUAAUGAAGAGUCUGUGUGUCACCCAGAAGUGAGGCAUCUCAGCAACCGGCAUAAGCAGGUGUCCCCCUGGUGGCAGGCCGUUGUGAACAUCCUCUGCUUUCUCCUCCCUUCUUAAGUGAAUGUGGUUUCUGUACGGCAGGAACUCUGCAGAAGAUCCAGGGGUGGGGGAAAGCUCUCUGAACUUAUAUCUAACAAAAAUGCAUUUGAAAUAUCUGUAACAGCGAUUAAGUUCAUGUCUUUAUUUACUUUCAUGAAUCUCAGAGAUUUGGAAACAGUUCCAGAUGGGGCCAGUUGUCACUACACAAGCCUGAACACAAUUACACUGUGAUUUGUCUGUCAAAGAUAAAAGUUGGUCCUGAGGUCUGACAGAUGCAGAUAUGAGCCACUUGGCACCCUGAAACUCUCUUUACAGCCUGACCCGUCACAGAUUCUGAUGCCUUCUUGUUUUUGGUUGAUCAGGAGGUGAUGGAGAUGACGAGCACCUUCAAACAGCAGAAGUUCCAGCUGGUUCACAGCGGUUUCAACCCGACGACCAUCUCUGACCCUCUGUUCGUCCUGGACGCCCAGCAGCAGAUGUACAUUCCUCUGACAGACACAAUCUACCAGAGCAUCACCAGUGGGAACAGAAAACUAUAAAACUGACUGAGUGUGACUGAGUGAAGUGCACAAAGUUAGUUUCUUGAAUUAAACCAGUGAGCCUACAGUCGUGUCUGUGACGUCCUGAAGUCUGAGUGAAAAGACGUCGUCUGUUAAUGAAUGAAAGAACGUGCAAAGAGAUAAUCCUGUGAGCUUGUUGUGUUCAUUAUGGAAUUCUGUAGGUUUGUAUCCACAUAUCAGUCAGAGAAAUAUCUUUAAUUUACCCGUUAUCAGUUUAGUUUAUUUAAAGUCAGCAUGUUGCUCCCUGCUACAUAUUUUCAGCUACAGAUUUAUAAAAGUUUUUUUAGUCAGUAUUGAAGUAUAUAAAGUUUACUCAUACAUGCACUUGGUUAAUGACGUUAUGAGAAGUAAAAAUGAAGGAAUUGAAAUCUGUUUUAAGAAGCGUUUGAAAGUCUGUCUACUGCAUUGUGAUGUUUUUUUUAUCAGGUAAAUAAACCUUUAUAAAAAGGUGCAAAUUCAGGGAUUAACCUCAGCAUUUGUGUCAAAAAAAGGAAACCCCGAAUGAAGUUUCAUAAAAGAAGUGAAUGACGCUAAUUUAAUGGAUGAUAUAUUACAGUUUAAAGGCUUUUAAAAACCGACCAAUCAUAUAGGAGACAUCUUUUAAAUCCUAUUCCAGCAAGAGGUCAAGUUUCCUCCAAGGCAGAGUUUAUUAAACCUGUCAUCUGAUAACAUGCCGGUUUGAUCCCUCAGCUCUUUAUAACAAGGGCGUCCAUGAUUUCCAAAAAGAAAGCCAAAUUUCUUUUUUGUCAGAGCGCAGGACAGAUUUGGACUCAGGUCCAGAGAAAUCUCUGGUGUUUAUAGUUUAUGUUUCUAUCUGGUCUACAGGCUAAAUGUCUGCAAAAUAAUGGAUGAAAGUGUGUCUAGAAAAAGUUAUUUUUGCUCCUGACCGGCUCCAGAUUGUUUUUUUUUUCCAAAACAAUCUCCAAACAUGUUAUCAAAAUACCAACAGCUUGACAGCUUUUGGACCUUUUGUACUAACGAUCCAACAACUUUGCCUCUUUUUUUUUACGUCCCAUUUUGUGUUGAAGUUUUGUUUUCCUGUAACGCAUUGGUGCUGUUCGACUUUUGGGCGAAGCCUGAUAGGUAAACUGUAACGUCUGAUCAGAAGGCUAAAACCAGUUUGAGAUUUAGUGCGUUUUCAGUCAGACUGACUGAAUAAGAAAUAAAUCAGUUGCCGGUGCUCUGCUAGAAGCGCUGAACUGUUUCACCAACCCUCGUCUGUUGAUAGCUCUGGCCCCUCUGUGAGAAUUACUCUCUCAGAGUAAAAUAAAAUUGCAGAGAUGGUUUUAAAGCUCCAUCCGGGUCUUUUUAACUGGUUCUGAAACUGACUGAUGCUCUUUUUGAUCGACAUCUAUAAACUAUUGGUCCUAUGAACAGGCAGGGAAAAUUCCUCAGUCCUUUUAUGUUAUCAGUGGAUUUGGAGUAGGUUUAAGAGUCUUUAAACUGUGUGCUUAUCUCAUUAAAAAGGAACAUGAAAAUCUCUAAAAUAACAUUUAAGUGCCUUAUUUCUACCAGAACUCAUGGAUACAUAGAUGACCAAUGACUAUUACAGAAUUUAUUUUGUAGUUCAUAAAAAUGAAGGUUGAUGGAUGUGGUCAGAAGUUACAGCCUGUUUAUAUAACUUUAAAGAUAAGGAGAAAACACAUCAGAUCAUUUAUUUCAUCAUUUUGUUUGAAUAUCUGCACCGAUCACAGCGCCACUGUUGAAAAAAUGAGUUCAGCCAGAUUUAAAGAUUAUUUCCCCUUGUUUUAAUGCUGUGAUACUUCACAUUUCCGUCCUUCAUUUAUUUAUUUUUGGUUGAAUUUUGUUUCCUUUCAGUUUGAUUAUUUUACCAGAGAUUUAAACAUGUGCUGCUAAUUGUAUUCACAGACAAUCACAGACUAUCAGCUCCGAUUUUUGUGUUAACCGUGAGGUAAUAAGUUAAUAACAAUAACAUUUACAGGUCAGGGCAGAGCUGGGAUUCCACCUUCAACCACAAUAAGAUCCUCAUUCCUGUGGUCUGUGUGUUUGUCAUGAUUCAGGUGAGGCAUGGGAGUAUAUUUCCAGAGUUUGUAAAUGAGGUGAGAGGGAUUAUUUGUGAUGUUUCUGAAGGUUAACAGACAUUUAAGUGACUGAAAUGAUUAGAGCAGUUGUUCUGAGUUAUUUCUGUUUUAUCUGUGGAGUCUGUAAGUUUUUAUUUGUAGGAUUCAGAGGAUUUUUUGUUUUUAUAUGUCAUGAGAUUAUGAAGUGUUGCAAACAGGUUUAAGGAUGACUGUAAUUUAUGUAAACUUGACUGUUCCUUAAUGUAAUGUAAAUGAAUAAACAUGAUAUUCAUCUGAAAAACAGUCAUUCACUGCGCUGGACUAAAGUUUAGACUGAUCAGAUAUUAAAUAAGGUGUGGGACUGCA